AUGCAAUCUAGCAUAAUCGAUUUAACAGAUCUGAUCAAUGAUUCAGUAACAGAGGAUAUUGUGGAGACCUUGCGUCAAAGAUACUUACAUGAUUCGCCAUACACAUCCAUUGGUCCCUCAAUACUCGUUUCAUUAAACCCAUAUAAAAGUAUAAACAAUGAAAAUAAUAAAGCUGCCUAUCUAUUAGAAUAUAAAGACACCCAAAGUGCCAAGCUAAAUAAAUGGCGAGAACCACAUUUGUAUCAGCUCAUAAACCAUACCUAUUUGCACAUGAGAAGGACCAGGGUUAGUCAAUCAAUACUGUUUAGUGGAGAGUCUGGAAGUGGAAAGACCAAGGAGUUUCAAAGCUCUGUUGAUUAUCUUAUUACUUUAAGCAGUCAUCGUAAACCAAGCAAACUUCACCCGAGUAUUCUUCAUGCUCAAGCUAUCAUCCAUGCUUUCACGCAUGCGAAAGCAGCUAUUCAUGACGAUUCAUCAAGGUCUUGCUUAUAUUUUGAAAUGCACUUUACAGAAAAAGGACGAUUUACUGGUGCAAAGCUUUUGCCCUAUGCUUUGGAGAAACACCGUGUUACCCAUGCCGACCAGAACGAAAGAAACUUUCAUAUAUUUUAUUUUCUACUAUCUGGUGCGUCUCAUGAAGAGAGGUCACGACUAGAGUUGUCGGACUGGUCAAGUUAUCAAUACUUGUCAAGAACUGCAACAUCCAGAGCUUCUUCUAUUGAUGAUGCUCACGGCGAAAUCGAGCUAAAGGCUGCUCUUAAGGCGAUGAUCCCGGAAAAACAAAGAAUAGGACAAAUUUAUCAAGUCUUGGCUGCCAUAUUGCAUCUUGGAAACAUACAGUUUGCUGAAGAUCCAAACAAUGCUCAGGAUGCAGCUAUUAUAAAAAAUACGGAUACAUUGCAUACAGUAGCAGAUUUAUUAGGCGUAGAUCCGAAUGCUAUAGCAAACACACUUACUUACAAGAGUAAACUGAUAAAAAGGGACAUUACAACUCUAUUCUUGAACCCCGAACAAGCCAGUCAUCAAAGAGAUAAAUUAGCCGAAUCACUCUAUUGCUUGCUGUACACUUGGAUUAUUGAACAGCUAAAUGACAAGCUAGCACCGAAAAACUCUCAUUGCUUCAUAUCCUUGUUGGACAUGCCUGGUUGGAGCUCUCAAACAGGGUACUCUGGAUUUGAUCAAUUUACGUUUCAUUAUAUUCAGGAGACGAUGCAUAACUACAUGUUUUCAACCUUAUUUGAUCAGAGUUGCUAUCAAGAGCAAGGUAUUGGAGUACAGUUUGAUAAACCAAUAUCCAAUUCUAUUAUGGACAUAUACAUACAUCCUUCUAAGGGUCUCUGGAGCAUCAUGAAUGCCCAAGCCUCCCGUCAACAGCAGCGAUAUGAUGACGAUCAGACAAUAAUUCACAACUUUAUAUCAGCCAAUAAAAUAGCAUUAAACGACCAAACUCUUUCGUUAAAGAAAGAGGAUACGGGCCUUCAAGUGUUUACUAUCCAGCAUUAUUGGGGGCCCGUCACUUACAGCCCUUACAACUUUAGUGAAAGAAAUCAAGACUACCUUCUAAACGACUUCAUAUCACUCUUCAAGGGCAAUGCUUACAAUCCUCCUUCCGCUAACGGUUUAGUAGCAAGUCUAUUUGACGAUUCAAUAAUUGGUCAGGACGAUGGCACUAGAAGUAGAGUAAAUUCACCUUAUCAAGCCAUUAAGUCUUUAAGAUCACCAACCAUCGCUACAGGAGAAAGCCAUCAAGCAGCAUCGUUGAACCAAGACCAUAAACCAGCGGACGUGAAGUCUGCACUAUCCGUUUCCUUACAACCUGAUGCGCCAACAAUUGGUCAUAUCUUAACCUCUGGUGUUUUUGAUCUUACCAAUGCCCUAUCGCACACUCUAUCUUGGUAUGUCAUUUGUAUGCGGCCCAAUGAACUAUCUCUACCAAACUCUUGCGAUAUGAAAAAAUUAUCCUCUCAAGUCACAUUGUUCAAGCUGCAAGCUUUGAUAAAAAGAAUGAAGGCAGGCUACCAUACAAUUUCAUUUACGUUCGAGGAAUUUUGGGAAAGAUACUACAUAUCUCUACCGGUUACUGUAAAUACAAUGAUAGAUCCAGCCCUGUCAGCUAAAGAGAAAUGCCGUUUUGUAUUACAAGCCCUAGGAUGGGAUGAGACAAUGAUGGCAAUUGGUGAGAGCAAAGUAUUUCUUUCAAAUAGUGCUUUUAGAGUGUUGGAAGAUGACUUGAAAAGCCUUGAAAAAAAUGAAUCCAAAAAAGCAAAGUUAUCAUCAAAAGGACAAAGGCCUUUUGAUAUGUACUCAUUUAAUGAUGACCUUGCAUCAACAGCUAUGUCAGAAGAUGAUUAUAUGGAGGAAGCUGGGUUGCAUGGCUACACUGGAUCAGACCUAAUGUCACAGGCUACUCUUGAUAACCGAAAUAAUUAUGCAUUUGGUAACAACAGCACUCAUGACAUGAAGUCAGACACAGAAAAGAAGGCAAAUAUGCUUCCUGGUGCUGAUCCUCAAAAGGAAGUAGACGAUGAGCCAAUGUCAAAUAUAAGAAAAAAAUGGCUACUGUUUGUAUGGCUUUUAACCUGGUGGGCACCCUCUCUCUUUCUUCACCAUUGUGGAGGAAUGAGUAGAAAAGAUGUGAGACUAGCUUGGAGAGAAAAGGUGGCAUUGUGUAUUUUAAUUUUCUUACUCUCGGCUGCUAUGGUGGUGUUUAUUGUGUUCUUUGGCCCUCUUAUUUGCCCUCAUCAAGACGUAUACUCUGUCUCAGAGCUUCAAGCGAAAUCAACUAAGGAUAAUGCUUACGUUGCUAUUCGAGGUGAAGUCUUUGACUUGACAAAAUUUGCUCCUCAUCACUGGGCGUCAGAGGUGAUUCCUGACAAUGUCAUAUUUGAGUACGCCGGAAAGGACGCUACCAACCUAUUUCCUGUUCAAGUCUCGGCCCUCUGUGAUGGAAUAACAGGGAGGAUACCCGAAGAAAUUGUCCUUGAUUUCCAAACAAAUUUGACAGACAAAAAUGCUGCCUAUCAUGACUUUAGGUUCUUUACGAAUGACUACCGCCCUGAUUGGUAUUUUGAACAAAUGGUUUACCUCAGAAAGAACUAUCGCCUUGGGUUUAUGGGGUAUGAACCAUCAGAUAUUCUACGACAGGCAACAAACGUUGUGAGCGUUGGUGAAAUCAAUACGCAUCGCAGCUGGGCUAUUUUACAUGGUGAUGUAUACGAUCUGACUUAUUAUCUUAUGGGUGGAAGAGCUCCACGUGCACCAGAAGGGCUGUCUCCUCCAGCAAAUCUCGAUCUCAACUUUAUGGAUAACAGUAUUGUUGAGUUGUUCCGACAGCUCGCAGGAACUGAUAUAUCAAAGCACUUUGAUGCAUUACCUAUAUCUAGCGAACUAAGAGCCCGUCAAUUGGUCUGUCUACGAAAUCUUUUCUUUGUUGGGAAACUAGAUACCAGACGCUCGGUACAGUGCCUGUUUUCUGAAUACUUUCUGUUAAUUAUAACAGGUUUUCUUUGUGCUGUUAUCGUUUUCAAAUUUUUGGCCGCAUUACAACUUGGGACAUCUCGAGAGCCAGAAGAUUAUGAUAAAUUUAUCAUAUGCCAGGUUCCUUGCUACACCGAAGGAGAAGAGUCCCUAAGAAAGACAAUUGAUUCCAUUGCAGUACUAAAAUAUGAUGACAAACGUAAACUGCUGUUUCUUGUUUGCGAUGGUAUGAUUGUCGGUAGUGGCAACGAUAGAUCAACUCCACGUAUUGUACUUGACAUUCUCGGGGUUGAUGCUAAUGUUGAUCCUGAACCACUCUCAUUCCUUUCUCUCGGUGAAGGUGCUAAACAAUACAACGCCGCAAAAAUCUAUUCUGGGCUUUAUGAAUGUUCUGGUCAUGUGGUGCCUUAUGUUGUUGUUGUAAAGGUUGGCGCUCCUAAUGAAAGACAGAAGCCAGGAAAUAGAGGAAAAAGAGAUUCACAAAUGGUGCUCAUGCGGUUUCUUAACAAGGUGCACUUUGAAUCCCCAAUGACUCCAAUGGAACUUGAAAUAUAUCAUCAAAUCAAAAACGUUAUUGGAGUCAACCCAAGCUUUUAUGAAUUCGUUCUAAUGGUUGACGCAGAUACAGAGGUCUUGCCUGAUUCACUCAAUAGGAUGGUAUCUUGCUUUGUACAUGACGCAAAGGUCAUAGGUCUCUGUGGAGAAACUAAACUAGCAAACGAAAAGGACAGCUGGGUUACUAUGAUUCAAGUCUAUGAAUACUAUAUCUCUCACUUCUUGUCCAAAGCUUUUGAAUCGUUAUUUGGUUCUGUUACUUGCUUACCAGGUUGUUUCUGUAUGUAUCGCGUACGUUCCCCUGGUAAAAACCAGCCACUGCUGGUUAGCAAUCAAGUGAUAGACGAUUAUGCUGAAAACAAGGUCAAUACGCUUCACAAGAAGAAUUUGCUGCACUUGGGUGAAGACCGUUAUUUGACCACACUAAUCUUGAAGCACUUUCCAACAUAUAAAACUAAGUUCACUGCUGAUGCGGGCUGCUUAACGAAUGCACCUGAUAGAUGGAGUGUGCUAUUAUCUCAAAGACGACGCUGGAUCAAUUCUACAAUUCAUAAUUUGGGCGAACUUGUAUUCUUACCUCAACUCUGUGGCUUCUGCUGUUUUUCCAUGCGUUUUGUGGUCAUCUUGGACUUGUUGAGUACUUUGGUCAUGCCAGCAGUAGUUUGCUACCUUGGUUACCUGAUUUAUCAGUUAGCAACUAAUGCAGACCAGGUUCCCUUGAUUUCGUUGAUUACUUUGUGUGGUGUUUAUGGCUUGCAAGCAAUCAUUUUUAUUCUGCGCAGAAAGUGGGAACACAUCGGAUGGAUGAUAGUCUACAUUCUGGCAAUCCCGAUCUUUUCCUUCUUCAUUCCUAUUUAUUCUUUUUGGCACUUUGAUGAUUUCUCUUGGGGAAAUACUCGUGUUGUUCUUGGGGAGGAUGGUCAAAAGAAGGUACUGCCGGCAGACGAAGGUAUAUUCGAUCCAAAAGCUAUACCUCUUAAAAAAUGGAGCGAUCAUGAAAAUGAACUAUGGGAGAACGGCUCGGUCGAGACCAAGGGAACCACUAUAACUUCAACCUCACGUCGAACGGCAAACAAUCCUUAUGUCUCAUCAGCGUCCUGCUUAGGAUACCCAAGCAUGAAUCCUGGAUAUAUUGCUCCUGUCGUAAAUUACGCUCCAAGUAUAAACCAGAUUCCAGUAAGCGGGGCAGGUGCUAUACCUGGGACAUUCUAUCAAAGCGAUAAUAUAAGUUUGAGAUACUCUCAGCAAAACCUGGCAGGAAGAGCACCGUCAGUAAUGAUGGGUGUUCCAUCAUUUAGCGCUCCUGGUCAGGCCAACUUUAAUUUAUCCACACCUUCAGUCUACAGUGUUGAUGGUGGCUAUCAAGCAGGAUACCAAGGUAUGGGUGUCAACCCUACAGUUGUAGGUGGAGAACACGAUACCUCAUAUCCAACAGAUGAAGAAAUUAAAAGAGAAGUACAGAGAAUUACAGCUACUGCAAAUCUCAUGACAAUAACAAAAAAGCAAGUUCGCGAACAACUAAGCAGACGUUUUGGCAUUAAUAUGUCUAAUAGAAAGGAGUUUAUAAAUCAAUGUAUCGAAGACUGUUUAAAGAAGCAUUAG